AUGAUUACAGGUCUUCUCCACACUGGUGACCUCCUCCUAGAGGUAAAUGGUAACCCAGUGGAGGGUCUGGAGCCGGAGCAGGUCAUCCAGAUACUGGUCUUCAUGCGGGCCAUGGUGGACUACAGUCCCCAGCAGGACUGGUCCCUCCCCUGCCCUGACGUUGGCAUGUCCUUCAGGAAGGGCCAGCUGCUGGAGGUGGUGGACCAGACGGACGGACACUGGUGGCAGGCAAGACGGCUGCCCACCACCUCUUCCUGCGCCGGCCUCAUCCCGUCGACUAGCAUGCUCAAGAGCAAACAGAGGGAGCAGUGGUGGAGCCAACCUCUUCCCAUAGACACCUGCAUCCGCCAAGGGGUUUCCAGGCCUGUGGAUGAAAAAGCAGACGAAGAGCCACUUAAUAAUGAUGAAGCUGAAUCAGAUGUAAUUAAUGGACUCUACCUGGCGGGGUUCCGGCGGAGCCUCCGUCUGUGGCGGAGGAUGGCCUACAGGGGGUGUCGUCUCUCCUGCUCCUCCUGCUACUCCUGCUCCCCGCACAGCACCUCCCUAUCCAACCCUUAUGAGGAGGUGGUCCUCUACCAGCGCUCCCCCCAGGAGAACCCCCGCCUCAUUGUUCUUGUGGGAACUUCAGGGGUCGGAGUGAAUGAACUGAGGAAGAAUCUCAUCAGGAUGAAGCCCUCCUUAUUCAAGGGUCCCAUACCACAUACCACCCGACCAAUGAGAGAAGGGGAACAGACAGGGAGAGAGUACCACUUUGUCACCAGAGAGCUGUUUGAGUACAUGGUCUGCAACAACAGGUUCCUGGAGUAUGGGCUCUGCAGGGGCCACCUGUACGGGACCAGCAGCGAUGCCAUCAGAGAGGUGCUGAGGAAAGGCAGGAUCUGCAUCAUCGACGCUGAGCCUCAUAGUCUCCAUGCGCUGCGCAGCAGGAAGUUGAAGCCCUACGUGAUCUUCAUCCGACCCCCAGAACGUGACGUCCUGAGACUGACCCGGCAGCACGCCCGCAUCCUCACCUCCUGCUGCAGCUGCAGAGCCUAUACCGAGGAGGACUAUGAGGAGCUGGAGGAGGCGUCAGGGCUGAUGGAGAUGAAGUACCGCCAGCUAUUCGACCGGACGGUGGAGAACGGAAGGCUGGAGGAGGCGACGGCGGAGCUGCUCUCUGUCAUCCAGGAGGCGCAGGAGGAGGAGCAGUGGGUCCCUGCUCCCUGGAGUGUCCCAGAAGAGUCCAGACGGGAGGAGCGGAGGGACAAGGGGAUCCGGGAGGAGCGGAGAGGAGGUCUGACCUACACCAUGGACUACACCAGCGAUGUGUACUAGGAGGAAUACCUUAUGGCUGUCGCACUCCGGCGAGCCGUCCACUGGCAUGCAACCAUAUAUCAGUUCUGAAACAUCAUUUUUAACGUGAGCGCUCAGACCCGAAGCUCAUUCCAGCUCUGCUCAAAAGCUUGUUGCACCGUGCGGCGCCAUGAAACACAGAACAAGCCCUAGAAUCAAACCAAACGGCGUGUUUUGUCCUUUCUACGAAGCAGUGGUCCGUGGCUCGUCUGGUGAGCCACCAGCUUUAACUCAGACAGAGAUAGUCAGUUCACCUUUUCGCUAACAUAUGCAAGAAAAACUCCACACACACACACACAGCACAAUAACUGCUUUUAAAGUGAGGAGUUCACAUGCAGUGAGGUGAAGCCGUACAUAGAGACUGGGGGCUUACGCUAACGUUACGCCAGAGGUUGGAAGCUGCAGAUGCAUGGUUCAGAAACCAAACACAAACUGCAGUAUUUGACACUUGUGACUCAAGCCAUGUUUCCACCAAAACGACCCAUUACUUUUGGUCCCAGGAACUGCCUUUCAGGGAACUGGAAGGUUCUUUCGGCCCCUUGAAUGAAGACUCUCUUAAGUUAGGAAGAUUAAGCUCCUUAACAUCAGAUAUAUAACGACAAGGACAUGACAAAUUAAGUAACUUAACAUCAGGUAUAUAAGGACAAGGACAUGAACAAUUAUUUCCCUUUACAUCAGGUAUAUAACGAAUAAAGGACAUUACAAAGCGAGAAAUAAUGAGAGAAAAAUCAUUGCAUCAUCGGUUACGACGUGAAUAUGCAGCAUUUUCCAGAGUUGAACUGGACGGACCCUGAAGCUCAUACAGCCAGAGUGUGUGUUGAGUGUAGAGUGCAUGCUCCUGUGGGUUUAGCCGAUGAUCAUAGAGCUAGUUUUA